AAAGUUUGAAUCUUGCUUUGUCCUAUGUUCAACUAGCUACGCCUGCAAAACUCAUUAGUCCUAUUAACAAAGUAUGCCACGUUGCUAUCAUUCAAGUAUAGUUUAUACUCUUUGAUUUGAAUAUUGAAUAUUCUAUGCUUCGUAAAGUCGCAUCCCAUUGGCUUAAUUUCCUACUUCCUUUGAGGAUAUCGCAGCAGACCACGUUAAAUGGUUCCUUACCAACAGCACGUGCACUUACUCGGGUAUAUCAAAUAUAUAUGUAUAUUAAAGUUUAUCAAAAAUCUCAAUCCCUUUGCUUAGUGAUAGAUGAGGAAGCAGAGCGUUGACCUCUGCUUUGAGAUAUAUGGGGCUUAACUGCUAAGCUUCCAGAUUUUGUCCUCCAUUUUUUUUUUUUGCAUCCAUAACUCUGCAACUCAAGCACCAUGAGGUCAAGGACAAUUUUUGGGAUUUCUCUUUCCCUACUCAUCAUCAACAUGGCAGCUAUAAUGGAGCGUGCUGAUGAAAAUCUCCUUCCAGCUGUUUACAAAGAAGUCAGUGAAACUUUUAAGGCUGGGCCAUCUGAUCUUGGUUAUCUCACAUUCAUAAGGAAUUUCGUCCAGGGGAUUGCAUCACCAGUGGCAGGUAUUUUAGUCAUAAAUUAUGACCGUCCCACUGUUCUUGCAAUAGGUAUCCUGUGUUGGUCCCUAUCAACUGGUGCAGUGGGUGCUAGUAAGUAUUUUAUGCAGGUUGGAUUUUGGAGAGCAAUAAAUGGCUUCGGACUAGCAAUCGUGAUACCUGCACUCCAGUCCUUUAUAGCAGAUAGCUAUAAGGAUGAGUCUAGAGGAACUGGAUUUGGAUUUCUUAGUCUUGUUGGAACUGUAGGUGGAAUAGGAGGUGGAGCUAUUGCUACUGUGAUGGCAGGCUGCGAAUUCAGGGGCAUUCCAGGAUGGCGCUUUGCCUUCGUUAUGAUGGCAACUUUCAGUAUUUUUAUUGCGUUUCUUGUCUUCACAUUUGUUGUUGAUCCAAGAAAAAGAGGUAGCAUGGAGCAUGACAUUGCAAAAAAUAGUACUGACAGGGAGGACUUGAUAGAGAAGGGGAGUACCAACUCAGUGUCGAUUUGGAUAGAGUCUUGGACAGCCAUGAAAGCUGUCAUGAAAGUGCAAACGUUUCAGUUCAUUGUUUUGCAAGGUCUUGUUGGGUCCUUACCUUGGACAGCCAUGGUUUUCUUUACAUUGUGGUUUGAACUAAUUGGUUUUGAUCACAAUAGUUCAGCAACCCUUGUCAGUCUAUUUGCUGCAGGAUGUGCGAUAGGAUCCUUUUUUGGUGGUGUAGUUGCAGAUAGAAUAAUUCGAAUGUACCCUAAUUCAGGGCGUAUCAUGUGUGCACAAUUUAGUGCUUUUAUGGGCAUCCCAUUCUCAUGGUUCCUUCUUCGAGUUGUCCCCCAGUCUGUGAGCAGCUACUUCACAUUCGCUGUGACACUAUUCCUGAUGGGGCUUACAAUCAGCUGGAAUUCUACUGCUUCAAAUGGUCCCAUGUUUGCAGAAGUUGUGCCUUCAAAACACAGGACCAUGAUUUAUGCAUUUGAUCGUGCCUUUGAGGUUUCGUUUUCUUCCUUUGCAGCGCCAAUUGUAGGAAUUCUCGCGGAGAAACUAUAUGGUUAUGAUACCAAGUCUGUUGAUCCGGUGUUAGGAUCUACGAAAGAGGCCUUAGCGUUGUCAAAAGGCCUCUUUUCAAUGAUGGUCCUGCCUUUUGGUUUAUGUUGCUUAUUUUAUACCCCGUUGUAUUGGACAUUCAAGAAGGACCGAGAGAAUGCAAGAAUAACCAGCAUAAAAGAAACAGAGAUGAUAUGACAAACACUUCUUCACUUUUUUGUUA